ACGUUAGACUCACUGGCAGCGUGUGAAUCUAGCCUGUGAAUAGGGAAUCAGGGAGACAGAGAUCUGCAGAAGGCGCUGCUUUCACAUGUUAUAGUCAGUGAGAAAAUAUAAAGCAAUUGAAGGCAGAAUCGCAAUGUCCUUUGAAACAAUGAAGGACGGCGGAGACAGAACUUUCCACGAUCCAGCUUCUCUUUCUGAUCAGUGCCUCAGUGUUUAUAACAACUCUAAAGCACUGGCAUCAUCUCUGGAUUUUGAGACGCAGGUACUAAAAACAGCAGAUCAACUAAGUGAAGUGCAGGUUACCACGAAAGCAGCAGAGCCACCAAACACCAGCGGUAAAGACGAGGGGGCCUUGGGAACUGAAAUGUUACUGUCGGAUGAAGAAGAUGCCAUCCAAGGUCUGUCUUUACUACCCGUGGAGGAUGCGGUGGAACGGAGAGCCCUGUGUUCACGGUGUAGCCGUCCUCAGAAGGUGUGCCUGUGUCCUUUCCUGCCAGCGCAUCCCCUGCACGUCUCCACCUGCUUGUACAUUGUUCAGCACCCAGCAGAGGAGAGUAGAGUUCUUCGGACAGUACCCCUUUUAGCUGCCUGCCUUCCGCAAGACAAGUGUAAAGUUUUGAUUGGCCGACGAUUUGGCGAGGAGAGGUAUCCAGAACUGGCAUCUGUUUGCAAGGACUCUAGCACUUUAAUUCUGUAUCCUGGCGCGGAAGCUUGUAAUUUGGAAGAAAUGUCCCUGGCAGAUGUUCAGCACCCAUGCUCCCUUAUUAUCAUAGAUGGAACCUGGAGUCAAGCCAAGGACAUAUUUUACAAAAAUUCUCUUUUUCGACUUCCAAAACAGGUACAGUUAAAGACCACCAUAUCAAGUCAAUACGUAAUCCGAACGCAACCUACUAACACAUGCCUCUCUACCCUGGAAUGUGCUGCUAUAGCACUUUCUAUCAUGGAAAAGAACCACGAUAUCCAGGAGACUAUCCUCCGUCCUCUCCAUGCACUGUGCACAUUCCAAUUACAGCAUGGAGCUCAGAUUCAUCACAGCAAGCAGCACCUUCUUCAAAGUGGUCAGUACGCCAAACCAAUGCCAAAGAACAAACGCAAACUGAAGAAGAUGGAGCUCCUGGUUAACAAUGUUAAAAUUUAGACUUAAAGAAAAUCUGCACAUUGUGCUAAGAAACAAAAAACUUUUUUAAGCGCCGUACAGUUAUUUAUAUGUCUGAUAUCAAAAAGUUUAUAACUGUGAAAUAAAUCUCCAACAAUAAAGCCAA